AUGAGUUUGGUCGACGCUCUUUCCAGAGAACGAGAGAAGAGGAUUUUAUCUAUUCAAAGUCAUGUCGUUCAUGGCUAUGCAGGCAACAAGGCUUCUGUUUUCCCUUUGCAACUGAACGGUUUUGAAGUUGAUCCUGUCAACAGCGUGCAGUUCAGUAACCAUGCGGGUAACGUAGAGUUCUUGAAUCUACCGAAAAGAUACAAACAUGUUAAAGGGCAAAAGCUUACGGAAGUGGAGCUCAGCGAAUUAUAUGAAGGACUCAAGCUCAAUGAACUCAAUGAGUACACACACAUUCUCACAGGUUAUUGCGGGAACGUAACGUUUCUAAAGAAGAUUGCUGACAUUGUGAAAGAUUUGAAAGAGAAGGAUCCAAAUGUCCUCUUUGUUUGCGACCCAGUUAUGGGCGAUGAUGACCGAUAUUAUGUGCCAAAGGAACUGCUUCCUGUCUAUAGAGAUGUCAUUGUUCCAUUAGCCAAUGUAUUAACACCGAAUGCAUUUGAAUUAAGCGAAUUAGUAGGAUUCAAAAUAACGAGCGAAGAGGAUUGCGUUCGAGGCAUGGAUAUAAUUCACAACCUUGGUGUUGAGACUGUUGUAGUCACAAGUGGUGUGGAAGGAAGUCAAGGACCAGAUACACUCUGCUGCUUUGCUAGCACGAAAGAUGCCAAUGGUUGCCGACGGUUCCGAUUCCACUUUCCACGUUUACGGGGACAAUUUGUUGGCACAGGAGACGUCUUCGCCGCUUUGCUCAUAGUGUGGUUAACCAACUGUGAGAAUGACGUGUGCGAAGCAGUUGGGCAUGUGCUGGGAUCGAUGCAAGGACUCUUGCGGAAAACCAGUAGGUAUGCACAAGCACAAGUUGACACCAAUUCGAGGAAGGCAUGCGAAUUGCGACUGAUAGAGUCACGUAUUCAUCUCCUACAACCAGAAAUGGUCUUCCAAGGAGAACCAUUAUGA